CCCGGCGCUCGUGCGGGUCUGGUGGGUGCUCGCCUUCGCGCUCUCCGUCGCCAUCGCCUUCGAAGACUCCAGGCGCCUCAUGGGCGGCGCCGACCAUGAUGUGGACUACGCGCACAUGGUCGCCAACUUCGCGUCGCUGCCGGCCCUCGGCUUCCUCUGCUUGGUUGGUGUCAUGGGUUCCAGCGGUGUCGAGUUGGAGUUUAGUGAUGAUGACACCGGUGUCCAUGAGCCCCUGUUGCUCGGCGGCCAGCGCAGAGAUGCCGAGGAGGAGCCCGGCUGCCUCCGGGUGACUCCCUACGGGGAUGCCGGGAUUCUCAGCCUCGCAACGCUCUCAUGGCUCAGCCCGUUGCUCUCGGUUGGGGCCAAGAGGCCGCUGGAGCUGGCUGACAUACCCUUGCUGGCUCACAAGGAUCGUGCCAAGUUCUGCUACAAGGCCAUGAGCAGUCACUAUGAGCGCCAGCGGAUCGAGUGCCCUGACAAGGAGCCAUCGCUGGCAUGGGCAAUACUCAAGUCCUUCUGGCGGGAGGCGGCCAUCAACGGCUGCUUCGCCGCGGUGAACACCGUCGUGUCCUAUGUCGGCCCCUACCUGAUCAGCUACUUUGUGGACUACCUCAGUGGCAAAAUUGCAUUCCCCCAUGAAGGUUACAUCCUUGCCUCCGUAUUUUUCGUAUCAAAGCUGAUUGAGACGCUCACUGCUCGCCAGUGGUACCUGGGCGUGGACGUCAUGGGGAUCCAUGUCAAGUCCGGCCUGACGGCCAUGGUGUACAGGAAGGGCCUCAGGCUGUCGAAUGCCUCAAAGCAGAGCCAUACGAGCGGUGAGAUUGUGAAUUACAUGGCCGUUGAUGUGCAGCGGGUGGGGGACUAUGCAUGGUACUUUCAUGACAUAUGGAUGCUUCCACUGCAGAUCAUCCUUGCGCUCGCCAUCCUUUACAAGAAUGUCGGGAUCGCCACCGUUUCGACAUUGAUAGCCACUGCGCUGUCGAUUGCUGCCUCGGUUCCUGUGGCGAAGCUGCAGGAGCACUACCAAGAUAAGCUAAUGGCAGCAAAGGAUGAGCGUAUGCGCAAGACUGCAGAGUGCUUGAAGAGUAUGAGAAUUCUCAAGUUGCAGGCGUGGGAGGACCGGUACAGGAUAAUGCUUGAAGAGAUGAGGAACGUUGAAUGCAGGUGGCUCAAGUGGGCUUUGUAUUCACAGGCCGCAGUUACGUUUGUUUUCUGGAGCUCGCCAAUCUUUGUCUCGGUCAUAACUUUCGGCACCUGUAUAUUGCUUGGUGGCGAGCUCACUGCCGGAGGUGUUCUCUCUGCUUUAGCAACUUUUAGGAUCCUUCAAGAGCCUCUGAGGAAUUUCCCUGAUCUCAUCUCCAUGAUAGCUCAGACGAGGGUGUCUUUGGACAGGUUGUCUCACUUCUUGCGGCAAGAAGAGCUGCCGGAUGAUGCAACAAUAAGUGUUCCACAGGGCAGUACAGACAAGGCAAUCGAUAUCAGGGAUGGCAAUUUCUCUUGGAACCCAUCUUGCUCAACCCCUACACUCUAUGGUAUACAACUUAGUGUGGUAAGAGGCAUGAGAGUAGCAGUCUGUGGUGUGAUUGGUUCUGGCAAAUCAAGUCUAUUGUCCUCUAUACUUGGGGAGAUACCCAGGCUGUCUGGCCAAGUUAGGGUCAGUGGUACAGCAGCAUAUGUUUCUCAGACUGCCUGGAUUCAGUCUGGAAAUAUUGAGGAGAACGUUCUUUUCGGCACUCCAAUGGACAGACCGCGUUAUAAGAGAGUACUCGAGGCUUGCUCCCUGAAGAAAGAUCUUCAGUUGCUCCAGUAUGGAGAUCAGACCAUCAUUGGCGACAGAGGCAUUAAUUUGAGUGGAGGUCAGAAACAGAGAGUGCAGCUUGCGAGAGCACUGUACCAAGAUGCUGAUAUUUAUUUGCUUGAUGACCCCUUCAGUGCUGUUGAUGCUCAUACUGGAAGUGAUCUAUUUAAGGACUAUAUAUUGGGGGCACUAGCUAGCAAAACAGUAAUUUAUGUAACCCAUCAAGUCGAGUUCCUACCAGCUGCUGACUUGAUAUUGGUUCUUAAGGAUGGUCGUAUCACCCAAGCUGGAAAAUAUGAUGAUCUUCUCCAAGCUGGAACCGAUUUCAAUGCUCUGGUUUCUGCUCAUAAUGAAGCUAUCGAGACCAUGGAUUUUGGCGAAGAUUCUGAUGGAGAUAUUGCUCCUUCUGUUCCUAACAAAAGAUUGAUACCAAGUGUUAGCAAUAUCGAUAACCUGAAAAAUAAAGUAUCUGAAAAUGGGAAGUCAUCUAAUACACGUGGAAUUAAGGACAAAAAAAAGAGUGAAGAACGUAAGAAGAAGCGUACUGUUCAGGAAGAGGAGAGGGAGCGAGGAAGAGUUAGCUUAAAUGUUUAUUUGACAUACAUGGGGGAAGCCUACAAAGGUUCACUGAUACCGCUCAUUGUCUUGGCGCAAACCCUGUUCCAAGUUCUUCAGAUUGCCAGUAACUGGUGGAUGGCAUGGGCAAACCCACAAACAGAAGGAGAUACACCUAAGACAAGUAGCGUGGUCCUUCUUGUUGUUUAUAUGUGCCUUGCUUUUGGGAGUUCAUUGUUUGUGUUUGUGAGAAGCCUUCUUGUAGCUACAUUUGGUUUAGCAGCUGCUCAGAAAUUAUUUAUAAAAAUGCUAAGGUGUGUGUUUCGGGCGCCAAUGUCAUUCUUCGAUACUACACCAUCUGGACGGAUUCUGAAUCGAGUUUCUGUAGAUCAAAGUGUUGUGGACCUUGAUAUAGCAUUCAGGCUAGGGGGAUUUGCAUCAACAACAAUCCAACUCCUUGGAAUCGUUGCUGUCAUGAGCAAAGUCACAUGGCAAGUUCUGUUUCUUAUAGUUCCUAUGGCUAUGGCAUGCAUGUGGAUGCAGAGAUAUUACAUUGCUUCAUCAAGGGAGCUGACUAGGAUUUUGAGUGUUCAGAAGUCUCCUGUGAUCCAUUUGUUUAGCGAGUCAAUUGCUGGUGCUGCUACCAUCAGAGGAUUUGGCCAGGAGAAAAGAUUCAUGAAAAGAAAUCUUUACCUCCUUGAUUGUUUUGCUCGGCCUUUGUUUUCCAGCCUUGCGGCUAUUGAAUGGCUCUGCCUGCGAAUGGAAUUGCUCUCGACUUUUGUGUUUGCUUUCUGCAUGGCAAUACUUGUGAGCUUUCCUCCUGGAACGAUUGAACCAAGCAUGGCUGGGCUUGCUGUCACAUAUGGACUCAACUUAAAUGCUCGGAUGUCAAGGUGGAUAUUGAGCUUCUGUAAAUUAGAGAACAGAAUCAUCUCUGUUGAGCGUAUUUAUCAGUAUUGCAAGAUUCCUAGUGAAGCACCACUGAUUAUAGAGAAUUGCCGCCCCCCGUCCUCAUGGCCUGAGAAUGGAAACAUUGAAUUGAUUGAUCUCAAGGUCCGCUACAAGGAUGACCUGCCCUUCGUUCUACACGGAGUCAGUUGUAUUUUUCCUGGAGGGAAAAAGAUUGGGAUUGUAGGACGAACUGGAAGCGGCAAAUCUACUCUCAUUCAGGCUCUUUUCCGUCUAAUUGAACCAGCAGGAGGGAAAAUUAUCAUUGACGACAUUGAUGUUUCUGCGAUCGGCCUUCAUGAUCUGCGGUCACGGUUGAGCAUCAUCCCUCAGGACCCUACAUUGUUCGAGGGUACUAUCAGAAUGAAUCUUGACCCUCUUGAAGAGCGUUCUGAUCAAGAAAUUUGGGAGGCACUAGAGAAGUGCCAGCUAGGAGAGGUCAUUCGUUCGAAGGAAGAAAAACUGGACAGUCCAGUACUGGAGAAUGGGGAUAACUGGAGUGUGGGACAGCGCCAGCUUAUUGCACUUGGCAGGGCGCUGCUUAAGCAGGCAAGAAUUUUGGUGCUUGAUGAGGCGACGGCAUCAGUUGACACAGCUACAGAUAAUCUUAUCCAGAAGAUUAUUCGCAGUGAAUUCAGGGAUUGCACUGUCUGUACAAUUGCACACAGGAUCCCAACGGUCAUCGACAGCGACCUAGUCAUGGUGCUUAGCGACGGUAAAAUAGCGGAGUUCGACACACCACAGAGGCUUCUGGAGGACAAGUCGUCCAUGUUCAUGCAGCUAGUAUCUGAGUACUCCACCAGGGCGAGCUGUAUAUAGAGAGAGAGGCUUAGCUUAAAUCCCCCACCGAGAAUAGAGGCUGGGAGGUAAGGUAGCCGAUUCUGCCAGUCUACUCACACCAUACAAGUAAGUAGCGACACCAUAGGGCGACGCGAGACAGGAGGAUAGAGCAGGUAUAUGAACGGAAAGAAGCGCUGGGCGCGUUCCCUGACCUGAAUAACCAUGGAUUCUACGACGAGGGAACGCGGCAGGCAGUUGAAGAUCGAAUACCACGGGAGGAGUCUGCGGCAUUAACCGAAGCUCUGAAGCUUUUGUAUGUAUAACACUCUGUACUGCUUCUCCCUUGCGUGAUGGCAAAAUGGACAGAAAUAACGUGGGUAAUAAAGGGGGAAAUUUUGCUUUUA